UGUCGAAACAUGGACUUUUCGAUCGAGCAAAAUUUAUUAUGAUUUUGGCUGGUUUAUGGAAACUAGAGACUGCUGGUUUACCGACGUUUGCCAGAAAGUUGUACAAGAUUUACUCAAUCAGUAUCCAGGCAAGGUACAUUCUUACCAUAUUUUUGUUAUUAAUCAAUGUUCCGACGCUAAUUCGUAAGGAUCUAAAUACAGCCAUGGAUACAAUUUCUAAGAUAAUAUUCUCCUUAAUUGUGGCGAUCAAAGCGACAAUGUGCCAAAAAAAGAAGAUAGUGCAUUUGCUAUCCGCAGCGUUGAAAGAAGAGGAAUUCAUUUGCCUUGACAAAAAAUCAAUAAAGUUAAAAAUCUAUAGAAGGCACAUGAGUUUGUGUAACAAGUUCACGUUGUUCCUCGUGGUAUCUGUUGGUACCGCCGGCGGAUACAUGUUGGUGACGGGAUACGUGGCUAUUUUCGACUUCUACUACUCACCCAAGCAUUUAAACAGUACACUGAAAAGGCCCGUAAUGCUUCAAUUUUGGUAUCCGUUUGAUAUAAACCGAUAUUGCGUUUGGACAAUUGCAGAUGAAACUAUGACCAUACUGUAUUCAGUUAUAUGCAGUUCGGCAGUGAACACGUUUAUAAACACCACAAUAAUAUUUCUGCGAGCUCAACUUAUAAUGCUCCAAAAUAAUUUUAGAAAUUUCGACAAAGUAAACAGAGAAAGUGCUGGCAUGAGUCUGAAGCGGUUGUGUAUAAAACAUCAGAAUCUAAUCCAGUACGUAGACAGUUUUAAUAAUUCUCUGCGAUACGUUAUGUUGCUAGAGUUCAGCAUUGCGUCAGUAAUGCUGGCAGCGUCGCUCUUCCAAAUAUUUGCGGGAAAGGAUGUGAUUUUCAGUUGCAUAUACGUUCUAAUGUGCAGCGGACAGAUAAUUGUACUGGCCUGGAAUUCUGAUGAAAUUUUAGCCCAGAGCUUGGAGUUAGCUACUGCCCUAUACGAAAGCAAAUGGUUUGAUCAGACUAAGAGAACAAUCGCUUUCAUUGAAAUUAUGAUCAUAAGGUGCCAAAAGCCGUUGACUUUAUCGGUUGGUCCAUUUGGUCCAUUAACUGUAGAUGUAGCAGCAUCAAGGUUCAAAUUGGCGUACACAUACACAACGAUUAUGACUGGAACUUUGUCAGAAUAAAUUACUGUUCCGAAGGCAACGAAUUCUGUUUAUUGUUUGAUACCAUAAUAUGAGCUAUAUCGUUAAGAUAUUUUCGCCAUAUUGGGCAUUAUUUUCUUAAGUUACUAAAUAGAUUUAACGCCAAGUGGCUAGGCCACCCGUUCCACGUCUACUUCUGUGUUCCACCGAGCGCUACCGAUUGAUUUCACUUGUGCAGAACAGACGAGACGUUUGGAAAGUUCAGCGGGAUUCGUCCAGAUUGUUUUUGAAGUAUUCUUCGGGAUUUUCGCCGGCAGAGUCGGAACGUGUUCUCAACAAAUAAAUAAAUAAAAAACAAAUAAGGCUUUUUACGUUAAUAAAAAUGCCUGCGUCAAUUCAAAUAUUGUCGCGUCUAUAAAAGCUUUUUUA